GUCUGCCCAGAGGCUGGACAGGAGGGGCGAGAGUGUGUCCCCUGCUCUGGCCCGGCCAGGCCUGGGUUCAAGCUACUCUGCAUUCUCCAGGGCCAAGGCCGAACCUGGGAGACAGGGCAGUCCCUGAGUCAGACAGCAGGAGGAUGCCGUGUAUGGAACCCGGGUGUGGAGCCACAGGAAAGGCCUCCAGGAGGAGGAUCAAAUUGGCAGGAUGGUGGUGGGUGGGACUGGUGCUGGCGAGUUUCUGGGAGUGGGAGCCCGGGCGGCCAGGACCAAGCCCUGCCACCCGUGAGUCACUGCCCUACCUCACUGAGGCGUUCUUCUGGUUUCCCUUGAAACAUCUGAACAUCUGCUGUGCGGCACCCAGGCCAUGCUGCUCACCCACUGUCCUGCCUCCGGGACCUGGGCUUCCUGGAGAAGGUGGGCAGAGAAGGUCCUGGGCCAGGCCUGGCCCUUCAUCUGACCGAGCAGCAUGGCAUGCCUGGUCAGGGGCGUGCAGGAGCUGAGGUGGCGAGUGCUGGCAUUGUCUCACCACUGGGGUGAGGCCAGGAGCGAGUGGUGAGGCCAGCCCUGGCACCCUGAAGUUUCCAGGGCCGGGCAGAGAUGGCUGGAGUAGGAAGCCAAGCCGGGCUCACAGGACAGACGGGUUUUGGUGCCAGCCCUCCUCUGACCCAUGGUGACUGACCACACAGCAGGACCAGUCUCUGGGUGUGGGCCGAUAUGUCACUGGCCUGACUGUGCAGGGACUCACGUGUGCCAGACUCCCGGCCUCUGCGCCAUGGCCAGCCCCCACCAGAGGGUGACCCCACCCAGGCCAGCCACAGAAACCCGUCUGACCAGUCCGGGAGGCUGCAGACUGCCAGGGCGAUAGGAAUAAGGAGGGGCCCCUCUGGCCCUUGGCUCCCUCCCAGCCAGGUGGUGAGGGUCCUGGGACCCCAUCCUGACUCUUCUUGACACAUCCCUCCCUUCUUGACACACCCCUUUCUCCUGGCCCGGUCACUAGGCUGGCCCCCGGGCUGCAGCCAGGCAGAUGCCAGGAGAGGUGGCCUCUGAUGCAGGCAGCCCGGGCUGCCCAAAGCGCCCUGUGCCUCAGAGAGCUUCUGGGUGGUCCCUGGGUGUGAGUGGGGAUCUCCACACCUGUGUUUGAGCGCCUUCUUGGGGCUUUGCAUGGCUGGCUACUACCCUGUGAUGAGAACAUGACAGACCCAGCCCAGGCAGGAUUGAAGAUGUCGGGAUAAAGCAAUAGGGACAUGCACACUGUGACUGAGCUGCGGAGGAGCAGAGCCCUCAGGGAUCUUAGUCAGUGGGGGUCCUGGCAGGCUUCCUGGAGGAGGCAAUGCUUGAACCAAAAGCUGAAGAACAUGCGUCGGUCACCCAAGGCGAGGCCAGGUUUAUGUGGGCGAGCAUGAUGGGGGCGGGUUUGGGCGGGCAAGGCGAGAAGAGAGGCCGUGGAGAGCACAGCAUCAGAGCCCGGCCUGGGUCUGGGCACGGAGGGGGCUGGCAGGACUGAGUGGGGGGCACCUUAUCUCCUGCAGUGAUGGUGGUUGUGGUGGAUCCAGUUGCAAGCGCUUUGUGGCUGAAAGGGGAGCCCACGCCUGCCCAUAGCCACCAGCUGACUCGGCCGGGCUCGGCCAGUAAUGCGAGCCCCAGGGAGGGAGCCGCAGGGCGCCCUGGGUCCCCCCCACCCCUGGCCACCCUCUGGCUGGGCAUACCACCCAGCAGAGCGGACGGUGCAGGUAAGAGAGCCCUGGGGCUCAGGCAGGCUGGCAUGGGUGGGGGCUGAGCAGGAAGGCCACUGAGAGGGACCAAACAGGGGGACAGGAUGCUACUCAGCCAGCAGCCAUGGGAACCCAGGCUGUGCCCAGAGCCUGGCGUCUGCUGGCCCCACCGGCCACCACUCACCCUCCCGGGUCUGCAGAAACCUGGACUCUUGUUCUCUGGAGUGGGCUCCCGGUGCCGGGCCCGCCCAUGAGGGGCUGUCACAGAGGCAGCGGGGUGGCUGCAGCUCCCCUGCUCACCUCCCCCAGGAUGCUGCAGCCAGAAGGUCCCCAGGCCUCCGAGGAGGGGACAGCUGCUGGGACCCGGCGGGGCGACUGCAUCAUCUGCUACUCGGCCUACGACCUCACCGGGCACCUGCCACGCCGCCUCUACUGUGGCCACACGUUUUGCCAGGCGUGCGUGCGGCGUCUGGACACACGGACCAAUGAGCAGCGCUGGAUCCCCUGCCCGCAGUGCCGCCAGAGCACGCCCACGCCCCGUGGAGGGGUGGCCAUGCUGGACCUCGACCUGGCCACCUUCUUGGCAGUCAAGGCCGAGCGGGAGCCAUCUCACAUGGAGCCCCAGCCCCCUGCGCCCCUCAAAGGCAGCACUGCCAUCACUCAGCAGCCGGCCAGGCUCUGCCCCACCUUGGGCCCCCAGCCCGACUUCCCACAACCCAGAUGCUGCUGCUGGGGCUGCGGCAACCUCUGCUGGGAGCCUCCAGGCAGCCCUGAGGUCUGAGCUCCGGCCACUGCUACUCCUGGCAGGGGAGCCGCUGCCCGCAGCCGGCCUGCCUCGGGACCUCUGCCUGCAGCACGGCCCACCCAGAACAGCCUGGGGGCAGAGUGUCCUGGGAGCUGCCCAACACGGACAACCCCGGCCACAGACUAAGGUUGGGGCCUGUGCCCGUAGCACCGUGAGACCCUGCGGGUGACCUCCUGCCUCUCCUGGCCAGGAUUCCCAGGCCACAAGCUGGCCUGACUGCAUGGGGGCUGGAGGGUGCCUCUGUCAGAGUCGCCUGAAGGCCAGCCCGGCCUGGACUCAGCUCAGAGGACGGCUUCUGAGGGGCAGGGCGGGCCAGGCUGUCCCUGCUGGUGCUGGAGCAGGUCUCCCCUCCCCUGUAAGACGUCCCUGAGGGGUGAUCUAGGAACAGAGGAAGAGCCACUUCCUUCGUCCCUGGCCUGCAAGGCAGCCUGUGAAGUUCAUUCACUCAGCAAAGCUCACUGCGCUGCCACCGUGUGUUGGGCGCCGUUCCAGGAGGGUCCCCUGCGGCCACGAAGUCACCCCUGUGACAGGUGUCCAAGGAGAGGGCCCUAGGUAGGGCUGGCUCUAGGCCCAGAGAGGGUGGGGACCUGCCUCAGUUCACACAGCUCAGUAGGACUGCACCCAUGCUGGGCCCUUUCCUGGCUCUCAGCUUCCUUCUGCCUCCCAGUGACCACCACACAGACCCUUCAGAGGGACCAGAGUAGCUGCUGGAGGCUAUGGACGCAGACGCCCCCCAAGUCAGGCUGCAACAUCUCCAUCCUCACCUGGGCAGGAGCUGUCACUCAGGAGCCCCUGGGAGGGACUGCGGGGCCCACCCUGGGCAGCGGGUGCCAAGACGGGGAGGGAUGAGAGAAUUUGCUGAGAGGACACUCUGAGACCUCCUCCUUCCCUGGGGCAAAGUCUCCCAGGCACACAGCAAUGGAGGGGGCAGCCAGCAGGGUGCUGGGCCAGCAGACCCCCUGGGGAGAUCAGGCCCAAGGAGGAGGGGGAGGGGCUGGCCCCAGCAGGGGCAGCUCUUCCUCCCAACAUCCCGGGAAGGGGACUGACCCCAAGAAGGGGCAUCCCACAAGCAGUGGAGCCAAUCAGGACUCAGCUGGGGAGAGGAGAAGGUGGGCUGAGUCUCUUAGUCCAGAUGGGCUUGGGCGGUGGGCCGGGUAGCAAUGUGGCCUGGGGAGGGGCCCUGCCCUCCCCCCACUUGCAGAUGGAGACACAACGUAGUCAACCGUCACUGCUCACCACUGAGACUGGGCUCCGGGGAGCUCUGUGGAGCCCAGCCCUCCCUGAACCUGGAUCUGAACUGGAUGACCUCUGGGGCUGGUGCCCUCUCUGCUCCCCUGACGCAAAAGGCUUCCUUCCCACCAGCUGACCAGGGCAGGGAUGACCACGAUAAGGUCUGCAGAACUUGGGGCAGACUUCCCCAGGGGCCCCUGGCCAACCGGCUGGGCGGGCAGCAUGCAGUGUCCAGCAGCGUUCCACAGGCGUCUACUUGUGGAAGUCUAGCACCAAAGGCGGGCGCCCAGCCCUGCAACGCCCCUGGCCUGGCUUGGGGCCUGUCCAGGGAGAAACUCCCCUCCAAGAGGGUUGGGC